CGCCAGCGCGGCUGCGCCCGUACGGUGGCCGGAAGGGACCAGAGGUGGUUCUGCCGGUGACAGUCGGGAGCCCCACCCUUUCCCCACGUGGCUGUGAAAACCGGUUUGAGAGUGUCUGUCAGGCGGACACCUGCCGCCCCAUGAGCAGGAGAUGAAGAUGUCCGCCAAGCGCAUCACCCAGGAGACCUUCGAUGCAGCCGUUCGUGAAAACAUUGAAGAGUUUGAGAUGGGGCCAGAGGAAGCAGUAAAAGAGGCUGUGGAACAAUUUGAAUCACAAGGCGUUGAUCUGAGCAACAUUAUAAAGAUGGCACCCAAAGUCUCUGCAGAUGGACCCCAGGAACCUACACACGACAUCCUGCAGGCCCUGGAUGACCUGCAGGAGUCCGUGGCCCGCUCUCACCCCCAGGAAGUAUCCGCACACCUCACCCGCUUUUUAGAGCAGUGCAAGCAGCAUAAGGCGAGCCGCUUCCUGGCAGCCCAGAAGGGGGCCUACCCCAUCCUUCUCGCCGCCUGGAAGCUUGCUGUAGCAAGCGACCAGGGCCUCCUGCUCCAGGCCCUCAACGCCCUGUCAGCCCUGACCGAUGGCCAGCCCGAUCUCCUAGACACCCAGGGCCUGCAGCUGCUGGUGGUCACACUGGCCCAGAAUGCUGACGCGGCUGAUCUGACAUGUUCUGGCAUCCGCUGUGUGUGCCAUGCCAGCCUGAAGCACGAGCAGAAUCGGCAGAGCCUGGUGAAGGCCGGUGUGCUUCCUCUGCUGACGGGUGCCAUUACCCGGCAUGGCCACUGUGCUGAUGUGGUCAGGGAGGCCUGCUGGGCCCUCCGAGUCAUGACCUUCGACGAUGACAUCCGUGUGCCCUUUGGCCAUGCCCACGACCAUGCCAAGAUGAUUGUGCAGGAGAAUGGAGGCUUGAAGGUACUCAUUGAGGCCGCCAAAGCAUUCUCUGACAACCCCAGUGUCCUGAGUGAGCUCUGCAGCACCCUAUCCCGCCUGGCCGUCCGCAAUGAAUUCUGCCAGGAGAUUGUCGACCUUGGGGGCCUCGGUGUCCUGGUGGCCCUACUGGCCAACUGCAGCGACCACCAGGACGUUGUAAAGCAAGUGUUGAGUGCCCUGCGGGCCAUCGCAGGCAAUGAUGAUGUGAAGGACGCCAUUGUCCGAGCUGGCGGGACAGAGUCCAUCGUGGCUGCCAUGACCCAGCACUUGGCCAGUCCCCAGGUAUGCGAGCAGAGCUGUGCAGCCCUGUGUGUCCUAGCCCUGCGGAAGCCAGAGAACAGCCGGGUCAUCAUGGAGGGCGGCGGCGCCCUGGUAGCACUGCGGGCCAUGAAGGCGCACCCUGCAGAGGCCGGAGUGCAGAAACAGGCCUGCAUGCUGAUCCGUAACCUGGUGGCCCGCAGCCAGGCCUUCUCACAGCCCAUCCUGGACCUGGGGGCCGAAGCACUCAUCUUGCAGGCCCGUGCUGCCCACCGUGACUGCGAAGAUGUGGCCAAGGCUGCCCUUCGGGACCUUGGUUGCCGUGUUGAGCUGCGGGAGCUGUGGACUGGCCAGAAGGGCAACCUGGCGCCGUGACCUCAGGCUCAGUCUGGGCCAUGGCUCUGGGUGAGUUAUGUGACUCAGGAACAGGAAGAGGUCCAUGUCCUGUCACUCUACUCCCCGGAUCCCUCUCCCAUUCAGUGACAGGUGUUUUCUGAUGGCUACCAGGUACGGGGCGGGGGGUGGGAAGGAAGCCAUGAUGAAGCGUCUACACAGCAGAGAGCAGCCCCUGGGUCCUGGCCUCCUUUCGCCUUGUUCUCCAGGCCAGCUGACCACAUUGCUGUGACCCGUCCUGCCCUCCCAACCCCACCCCGUGCCCUUUCCUAGCAGAAGGAGGGCCCUUAGUAUUUCUUGGGGGCAAAGUGCUAAUUGAAAUGUGGGAUCCAUACUGGCCAGUCUCACAGGAGGGUGGGGACCCUGCUUUGGUUCCUACAAGUCUGUUCUCUCCCCUGCUCGUCUCUUACUUAUAAUAUGGUUUGCAGGUGUCUUGCUCUGCUGGACAGAGAGCAGGGACCAAGCUCUUCUGCCUCCAGGGGUCCCAGGUCAGCCAGUACUGCCCAGUAAUAAAAGACUCUGUUAGUUAA